AUGAAUAUAUGUUGUUGGGCUCUUGAUAGAUUUCUUCUUCCAGACGGUGCUCGGUGUUUCUCAUGCAUGUCUCGGUUGUAUGAAGCUGUGUGGCCGUCGUUAUCGCACAUCUACAAAAGGCCAAAAAAUUUCACGGAUGAUUGUAACGACGAUCGGUUAGUCGAGGGACGAGUACCGGCUGUCCACUGUGACACCAUAUGCGUCUCGAUGUAUGAAGCCCCAAAUAUUGCAGGAGUCCGGAUUGGUGGCUAUAUCCGUGGAUGUAUGAAGGACGUACUCAUCAAGGGAUUCAACGAGACCAUUGUCAGUUGGUAUCGAUGGAUGCAAAGAGAUUCUUGUCGGCCUUAUAGAAAAAAGGAGCUGUUCAAGUUAGGUGGAGACCAGAUCGAUGAGUCCACUAUCGAUGUGUGUACAUGUUAUGCGGAUUACUGUAAUGGAAAUUCAUCGGCGACAUUAUCGACGUCAUUGAUUUCUGUUGUGAUCCCCUUGAUUACCAUCAUCUUCUUGAUCCUCUACUAA